CAUCAAUUUACAUAAAUUUACACAAUUACGCCCUUGGCGACUCCCAGGUACCACAGGGUACCACCCACACUGCACAGUCACCAGCAGACCACCGGUACUGAACUUACUGUUCGGAAUUCCGCUUGUUCUUACCGAACCAUAAGUGGUCAUGCGGUUCUCGUUCGCUCUGUCAGCACUGGGACUUGCGUCUAGAUCUCAAGUUCCACUACAACCAAAUCUGCCAAAUCCAGCUGUAAUGACUAUGGUCCACAGUUCGUUUCAGUUCAAGGAAGGGGCCGACGUGUUUACCCCUAAGGAUCUUAUGGAACUGGGGAGGCCAGGCGUAGGAGUCGCUAAUCACGCUGGAGAUUUCGUUAUCAUCCCAUACAGCAAAUACUCAUUCGAGGAGAAGAAAAACCACAAGAGCAUCUAUGUUGCCCCAUUGGAAUCUACCGUCAAGCCGUUCAAAUUACCUCUGGUUGAAGGAGGCGAAGCUUUCUGGCUCAAUGGCAAGACGUUGGCAUAUGUAGUCGAAUCGGAACAAAAGAAUCUCGAGAUAUUCGCACUCGAUGUUCUAUACCAACCCUCCACAAAUGAUUCGGCCGCAGUCCUCAGCACCAAUGCGCCGAUUCUUCUUGGUUCCUUCCCUACAACCUCGGCAAGCAACUUCCGUUAUUCAACGGACGGCUAUCUGGUUUUUUCGGAUAGCGUGUAUUCUGACGGAAAUCUCACUACGGUCAAGGAACAAGAUGAGGCUUGGGAAAAUCGCGGCAAUACCGCGUUGGUGUACGAUCGCACCUACGAACGACAUUGGGAUCAUUGGGUCGGGCCGAAAACGCAGUCGUUAUUCAGUGUUAGGCUUGUCCAAGAUCCCAAUCACAUGUGGACGUUUGGGUCAGAAUUUGUGAACUUGUUAGCAGGAACAGGACAUAGUUCGCCGGUUGAGCCUUUUGGAGGAACCGAUGAUUUUUAUGUGUCGAAGCAAUCUGUCAUUUACACGACGCUAGACCCGGCAUUUGAGGAGGAACGUGCGUGGCACACCAAGCAGAACGUAUACAUUGUCAGCAUUACUGCCGCAGGCAAACCUCGGGAACUCACUUCCGGAUCCCAAGGCGCAACACGCAGUCCUGUUCUCAAUGAUGCAGGGGAUAAGGCUGCCUGGUUAGAGCUGGAUGAAGAUGGUUAUGAGAGCGACAGAGCAAAAAUCGUUAUAUACGACCUCAAGAAGGAUGUCAGAUUCACUCUAACGCAGAAGUGGGAUCGUUCUCCAGGUUCUUUGGCUUUUUCUAAAGAAGGAGACUUCAUAUACUUCACCGCCGAUGACCAUGCGUUGGUGAAAGUUUUCGUUCUUCCCAUCCCAUCCACGCCUGCUAAAUCGACGACCGACCCCUCGUUAUCUCCUAAAUACCUCAACCCUGUUACAAUCGUCGAAGACGGCGCGUCCUCUGGUCUUCAGACACUGCCCUAUGGCAGAAUCUUGAUCUCGAAAUCAUCCUUUACGUCGCCUAAUGACGUGUUCUUGGUCAAAGGGUUGGAUGCACUUCAAGCUCAAAUUACACAGUCGGACGGGACAGCAAGAUUUACUGGAGAGAUCGACCAGGUUACUAAUUUCACUGCUCCGGAUUUAGAAGGGAAGAAUUUAAGCAAGGGAGAGAAUUUUUGGUUCAAGGGAGCAAACGAUAUUGACGUACAAGGAUGGAUAUUAAAACCUAAGGGAUGGAAACACGGAGAGAAAAAGGCAUUUCCAAUCCUGUUGCUCAUUCACGGUGGCCCUCAAGGAGCUUGGGAAGAUCAAUGGUCAACUCGAUGGAACCCGAACGUCUUCGCACAACAAGGCUACUUCGUUGUCGCCAUGAACCCGACCGGAAGCACUUCGUUCGGACAAGCUUUCACUGAUGCAAUCGCCGGAGACUGGGGAGGCAAGCCUUUCGUUGAUUUGCAGAAAGGAUGGAAAUAUGUACUUGAAAAUUAUCCUGAGGUCGAUGCAGACCGUGCUGUUGCUGCUGGAGCCAGUUGGGGUGGUUAUGCAAUCAACUGGAUUCAAGGACAUCCAGAGUUUGAUUUCGGAUUCAAGGCUUUGGUAUGCCAUGACGGGGUGUUCGAUUCAAACUAUAAUGGAUUUUCGACGGAUGAGUUAUUCUUCUUCAAUCAUGAUUGGCGGGGGCGGCCUUGGGACAAGAACAGUGAACAAGUUCUGCGAAAAUUCAACCCAGCGAACUUUGUGCAUAAAUGGAGCACACCUCAACUGCUGAUUCAUGGUUCGAAGGAUUACCGACUUCCUGAGACUGAGGGAAUUGGUGCAUUCCAUGCUUUACAACAGCUUCAUAUUCCUAGUCGGCUGGUCAUUUUCCCAGAUGAGAAUCACUGGGUCCUAAAUCAUGGCAAUAGUCUUAAAUGGCACUACGAAGUACUCAGAUGGUUUGACCAGUUUGUAGGCAAGAAAGAUUGAGAGAUUGUAACUUGUGGAUCUGUAUUAUAUUUGCUUCAUGCUCAAAACCUGUCAUUAAAAUGCCCAUCGGUAUGAAAUAUACUACGAGUUGUGGGCUGAACUCUUCUCCUACUCACAUUCCUAAGGCCGAAUGCGGUUGUUCCGAUUCUGUUAAGCCAGUUUCCCUUAGCAAUACAUCA